UUUCUUUCUCCCCAAAUCCCUUCCCUUGAAAUUUACGAAACCCCCGCCGGCAAAGGAGAGAGGAAGUCGGGGCUGCAGCUCCUAGAGAACGGGAGCAGCAAAGUGUAAAGAAGUGUUGAUCAGACUUCUGGAUUUAUGUUAAAGCCGGCCAAUGUAGGAUUCACUAAAUUCGGAAUUUAAGGCAAAGAGGAGAAACGUAAUUUUAGUUGGUUAAUUCCUGCUUAAACCCUGCUCAAAUCCUGUUGCCAAACAACCCCUAGAGUGCCAUUGACAUCACCACGGCCGCUGGGAAGCAAAACAAUGAGAGCACUUUUCCUUUUGCUCCUUCAUUUGUCUAUCCUUCUACACCCAUCUUCACCAUCUCCUGUCCUCGCCGGAAAGAAAAGCCGAGGAACUGAUGCUGUGGAGCAAAUUCUUCGGCGGGAAGAGAGCCUGCGAGCUCCACCUUCCGUGCAGUUGGCUGCAGCCCAAGGUGUCCUUCGCCGUUUGCUCCCAAGACACACCUCCAGCUUCCUUCUAAAGGUCGUCCCCAAGGGUCUUUGCGAAAGCUUCAGCUGCUUCCGUAUUGGCAGUGUUGUCAACUCGAGUCUAAAUGGGCCAGAAAUAAUGAUAGAGGGAAGUACAGCUGUUGAGGUUUCAUCUGGCCUUCAUUGGUAUUUGAAAUACUGGUGUGGUGCUCAUAUUUCAUGGGAUAAGACAGGUGGGGUUCAAGUGGAUACCGUUCCUUCACCUGGAUCAUUACCACGUGUGGAAGGCCAAGGUGUGAAAGUUGAACGUCCAGUUCCAUGGAACUAUUAUCAGAAUGUUGUUACCUCAAGCUAUUCUUUUGCAUGGUGGGAUUGGAAAAGAUGGGAAAAAGAGAUAGAUUGGAUGGCUCUGCAAGGAGUUAACUUGCCUCUGGCAUUUAAUGGGCAAGAGGCUAUCUGGAAGAAAGUUUUUAAGGAUUUUGAUGUCGGGAAUGAAGAUCUUGGUAACUUUUUUGGUGGGCCGGCCUUUCUUGCAUGGGCUAGAAUGGGGAAUUUACAUGGGUGGGGUGGACCACUUUCCCAGAACUGGUUGGACCAGCAGCUGAACCUCCAAAAGCUCAUACUUCCUCGAAUGAUUGAGCUUGGGAUGACUCCUGUGCUGCCAGCCUUUUCUGGGAAUGUUCCUGCAAUAUUCAGAAAGAUAUUUCCUACUGCCAACAUUACUAGACUGAGCAAUUGGAACACUGUUAAUGGUGAUCCCCGGUGGUGCUGCACAUAUCUUCUUGAUCCAUCAGAUCCUCUAUUUAUUGAAGCUGGCAGAGCAUUUAUCAAGCAACAAAUUAAAGAAUAUGGACAUAUAACUAACAUCUACAACUGUGACACUUUUAAUGAGAACUUGCCCCCUACAAAUGAUCCAAAAUACAUCUCAUCACUUGGAUCAGCUGUGUAUGAUGCAAUGGUUAAAGGUGACAACGAUGCAAUAUGGUUAAUGCAGGUACCUAAAUCUUUAUUUUGUUUCACCAGGAAUUGGAAUUCACGGCUUGGGCAAAACAUGGAGGUCCAGCGUCAAGGGGAACUGCAAGGAGAUGGUGGGCUGGAGGCUCACGGAUGGCUGUUUAACCGUGAGAUUGGGAGCAGUAGGGGGGGGUGGCUGCACGGGACGGGAUGGACUGUGGCCGGUGGGAUGAGGUUACGGGCUGGCUGGCAGGGAGUUGAUCGGCAGCUGGCUCUUCUUCACUCUGUUCCAAUUGGGAAAAUGAUUGUUCUUGACUUAUUUGCUGAUGUAAAACCUAUGUGGAAAACAUCUUCACAAUUUUAUGGUGUUCCAUAUGUCUGGUGUAUGCUACACAACUUUGGCGGCAACAUUGAAAUGUAUGGUAUCCUUGAUGGAAUUUCUUCUGGCCCUAUCGAUGCCUGGGUUAGCCAGAACUCAACCAUGGUUGGUGUUGGCAUGUGCAUGGAAGGUAUAGAGCAUAAUCCAGUCGUCUAUGAGCUAAUGCCUGAAAUGGCAUUUCGCAAUCACGUCAUUCAGAUUGAGGGGUGGCUAAAGAACUACUCUUUCAGACGAUAUGGCCAAGCAAAUCACCAUACUGAAGAAGCAUGGAAAAUUCUUUACCAUACAAUAUACAAUUGCACUGAUGGAAUUGCUGAUCAUAAUAAAGAUUUUAUAGUUCAAUUUCCAGACUUCACUCCACGUCAGAAGGGUAGUCAAGUUUUACAUAUCUCCAAAAAUACGAAUAGCAGAUUCUCCUUCAGGGAGACCAAAUCUAACCCUCAAGAACCACAUUUAUGGUAUUCAACUAAAGAGGUGAUAGAGGCUUUGAAAUUGUUUAUUUUGGCAGGAACCAGUCUUUCAGAAAGUCUUACAUACAGAUACGACCUUGUUGACCUGACGAGGCAAGUGCUUGCCAAAUUAUCAAACCAGGUUUAUCUGGAUGCCAUUAAUGCCUAUCACCAAAAAGAUGCUGGUGAACUGAGUCUUCAAAUUAAGAAAUUUACUGAACUCAUUGAGGACAUCGACACUCUUCUGGCCUCUGAUGACAAUUUCCUGCUUGGAACUUGGCUAGAAAGUGCCAAGAAAUUAGCAGUAAAUAACGAGGAAAAAAAACAGUAUGAAUGGAAUGCCAGAACACAAAUUACAAUGUGGUUUGAUAACACAGAGACCAACCAGAGCCAACUUCAUGAUUAUGCUAACAAAUUCUGGAGUGGACUUCUGAAAAGCUACUAUCUGCCAAGAGCUUCAACUUAUUUCAGCUACCUGUUAGAAAGCUUAGAGAAGAACGAAGAUUUUCCUCUGGAGAAAUGGAGAAAAAAUUGGAUUUCUUAUUCCAACAAAUGGCAAGGAGGUCAGGAGCUUUACCCAGUUAAAGCUGAAGGUGAUGCCCUUUCAAUUGCUAAGGCCUUGUUUGCCAAAUAUUUAAGCUGAUUCAUACUGAUAAGAUGGCUCCAUUUUGUUAUGCAAAGAAUGAUUCGAUUGAGAUAUUGAUGAUCAAACGAUUCAUAAUUUUAAACAAAAAAUGGUCAGUAAGGAAUAUUCUCAGCUUUCGUAAUGGAUAGCUCACCAAAUUUGCAAUCAUGUGUGAUUGUAUUGCUAAAACGAUAGCCAUUGUUGCAUUUUUCAUAAUUUUCUUGGUUGAGAAUCAUUUGCUUAUCAAAUAAAGCUUUUAGGGGAAGAUAUAA